GGGUGUGGGGGGUUUUUUGGGGGGGGGUGUGGGUGUGUGUGUGCUGUCUGUGGGUGUCUGUGGGUGUCUGCGGGUGUCUGCGGGUGUCUGUGGGUGUCUUCAUGUUUUACUAUUACCCAGUUUUGAAGUGAUCUUACUCGUUCGUUGUAUCGGAAAGUGUGAGAACAGUUUUUACACUUGUCAGCCGACAUGUUAAAUAGUAUUUUUAGAAUAAAGAAAAAGCACUAAGUUAAGCAAAAGUGUUUUGACUUUCUUUAUCGUUCUUCUAACAUCAACGUGUUCUGGACCCUUCUGAAAAAAUGAAUAAUCUAUAUCACAUGCGUUGACGAAACAUAUAUUUCGUUCUUCGUUUAACUAAUCAUCGACACAUAACCGAAGUGUCAGAAAAAAUGAGAAAAGAAAGAAAACAUGCGUUUUCUACUAGAUAUAUUGUUGCGAGAAGUGAAUUCAGUGAUAUAUUUGCUAAAAGAAAGGGUUUUAAUCCAAAAACGUGGCUAGAAAGUGAGAAAUUUCCGAAAAACCUCAAAACCCCAUACAAUGGGUUUCAAGACUCGAAAGCCCACUUUCUACAUCAAAUUUUGCCUUGAAUGGCACAUCGUUGGAAAAAGCAUGUCUUCAUCUAGCUCCGGUAAAAAGAUCUUUUUGGUCCAAGCUUUCUAGGUGCCCCUUCGAGGUCCAGAACCUUAAAAACCUCAAAUCCUUCAGGUUUUCAGCGGUUUUUAGAUAAAAAUUUUGCCAAACUUUUUUAAUUUUAGCAUAUUCGGAUUCAGCAUAUCGAGUUAUACAUAGGAAAAGUCAUGUGGCAAACAAAAGAGCACUUUUGUCGAAAAUUUGGGGCAAAAACGCGAAAAACCCGGGUUUUGAGUCAAAUUUUAUUUCGAUUGCCAUUUGGACAGGCCGCAUUUUUUCGAGCUGCAGUUGCGAUAUUCGUGAUCAACAUCAAAUUCUGAGUCAGACAACGUAUUUUUCAAAAUUUUUGGACAAAAAAAAUUUUCGCUUACCCCUGAGGGGGACCCUUGCCGUGAUUUUUUGGGCAAAAAAUAUUUUUUCAUAUUUGAAAGUUCUAAAAGCGCUAUCUUGUUCAGAAUUUUAUACUGAUUGCAAAUAUGUAUGACUUAUAGCGAAAUGUUUUAGGGCGAAAAUGCCACUUAAUGGCCCUCCUCCUUUAGUUUGAUGUUAUUAAGUGUGGUUUAUCAGUUCAUAUUUUUGAGUGUGUUUCUGUUGAUAAAUAGAUCAAUUUUCGGUAAAGCAUUUUAGUAUUAAAAGCCAUUCGUUUAUACGUCGGAUAUAUUCCACUCAGAACUUUAACAUUAGAAGGUGCCUUUUUUUAUGAUUUUUGUAAAUAGAGCUUAUACAAUUCAGACUCACUUUUUUAUCACUAUGGCAGAUGCACCUUAGUGAUUGGUGAUUGUGAUGUAUGCAAAAAAGAAAUUCCACAUCAUUUGCUAUUCACAAACUAUGGUUAUUUCACAAGAUUAAACAGGGAAAAGCACCCGCUGCUCUUCGAUGUCUAAUUCCUACAGGCGAUUCUAAAUAUAAUAUAGUUAAGAGGGGAAAGAAACGAGAAGUGCCACCCCUAAUUAUUAUCAUUAUCGUGUUUGGUGAUAUACUAUCAUGUCAUAAAAUUCCAUUUUACAGACGUUAUUUAAAAAAAAGUCUACAUUUUACUCCAUAUUAUUUAAUGGGUGAAUAUCGCAAUGAAAUCCAGUUAUGGAAUGAACCAUGUGAAUUACAACAACUUUGCGUUGAUUGA